AUGGAGCACCCGACAAUAGCCAAGGCGGCCAGCUCGUCGUUCGACUUUACUCCCCUGUCGCAGUCCUUCCCUCUCUCCAUCUCACUGUCAAAGGACGACCAAGACCUGGAAACCAACAUGGGGCUGUUCGAGGGCCUGUCCAUCAUCAUAGGCAUGUCCAUCGGCAGCGGAAUCUUUGCGAGUCCUGGACCGGUCCUGGGCUACACAGAAAGCGUCGGCGCCGCUCUUUCUGUCUGGCUCAUCGCGGGCCUGCUGGCACUGACGGGUUCGCUGUGCUAUGCCGAGCUUGGCACCAUGUACCCGAUAUCGGGCGGCGAACACCCCUAUCUGCUCAAGGCCUAUGGCACCCUGCCCGCGUUUCUGUUCUCCUGGACCGGGGUGGUGUGCACCCGCCCGGGCUCGAUCGCCAUCAUCACUAUGAUCUUUGCCGAGUAUGUCGUCCGACUGAUAUACUAUGGACACCCCGGGGGUGUAGCCCCGGUGUGGCUCACUCGGCUGAUUGCCGCUCUGUGCAUCGCCGUCCUGACGUUGCUGAACUGCCUAUCGACUCGCCUGGGCACCUGGGUCCAAAACAUCUUUACGUCCUUGAAGCUGGUCAGUCUGUUGGUUAUCGGAGGCAUCGGCUGCGUGAUCCUGGCCGAGGGCGCCUCCAAGAGCCACAACUAUGACCGCGAGCCGUUCCAAGGGAGCUCCACAAACCCGGGUGACUAUGCGUUGGCACUCUAUUCGGCCCUGUGGGCGUACGAUGGCUGGAACAACCUCAACAUCGUCACUGGGGAGUUGCGAAACCCAACCCGUACCCUGCCGCAGGCCACGAUAGCAGGGCCCUUGAUCAUCAUGGUGUGCUACCUCUUGACAAAUCUGGCCUACUACGCCGUCCUUCCCGAAGAUGUGAUUGUCAAAUCUGCGUCAGUUGCUAUGGACUUUGGUAAAAACGUGUUUGGCCAUGUCGGCGGAAUCAUCAUCCCCAUCAUCGUCAUCGGAUCGACCUUUGGCGCUGCCAACGGCUCCGUCUUCACAAGUGCACGGGUGCUUAUGGCCUCUGCGAAGCAUGGGGAUAUACCGCCGGUCUUUGCACAAGUGCAUCCUCGCUUCAAGACACCGCUGAAUGCGUUGGUUAUCCAAGGCCUCAUCUCCGUCUUCUUUGUCAGCGUGGGCUCGUUCACGUCUCUGGUGACAUUCUAUUCGAUGAUUGCUUGGACAUUCUAUCUGCUGGCGGUCCUUGGUUUGCUGCUGCUGCGGUACCGUGCGCCCAACUUGGAGCGCCCGUUCCGGGUUUGGAUCAUUGUCCCAGUGAUCUUUUGUGCCAGCACACUGUUCCUGAUCGUAUUCAGUGUCAUGGAGGCACCCAAGGAAGCCCUGGCGGCAUUUCUAUUCUUUGCGAGCGGCGUGCCGAUUUGGUAUGCCGGCGAAGUACUCGGUAUGACGUGGGAACGUAAGUACUGCACCGUCGCUGCGAUCAUCUGUGUGGGGCUACCCGUACCCCGAGUCGUAUACAACACAUGUCCUGGCCCUGGCAACACACUCUAA